CGCAUUGACUCCUGUGGCGGCAAACACCUUAUUUUUACUGGCUGAUCCGGUGAUUUUUCUGGCUCUUUAUUUUUCCUCUGACCUUGAUUUUUCACUCGCUUUGGUUCUCUGUUUCUAUCCAGACGAUCACAGCUCGGUUGCUUUGUUCUGAGAACAAUGAAGGGGGGCAAGGGCAAGGGUAAGGGUGCGACCUCAAAGGAAGCUUUGAAGCCUGUUGAUGACCGAAAGGUUGGAAAGAGGAAGGCAGCUGCAAAGGUUGAUAAAAGUAGUACAAGGAAAGCUAAGAAGGCAAAGAAUGCGAAGAAGGACCCAAACAAACCAAAGAGGCCCACUAGUGCUUUCUUUCUGUUCCUUGAGGAGUUCAGGAAAACUUUCAAGAAGGACAACCCUCAUGUAACUGCUGUGUCAGCUGUUGGGAAAGCUGCAGGAGAGAAGUGGAAAUCAAUGUCUCCUGAUGAAAAAGCUCCAUAUGAAGCCAAAGCAGCAAAAGGGAAGGUAGAGUAUGGAAAGCUUAUGAAUGCUUACAAUAAGAAGCAGGAAAACAUAACUGAUGAUAGUGAUGAGGCAUCUGAAAAGUCAAAGUCUGAAGUGAACGAUGAAGAGGAGGAUGAGGCCAAUGGAGAGGAAGAGCAAGAAGAGGAAGAGGGGGAAGAAGAAGAGGAAGAGGAAGAGGAAGAGGAAGAUGAUGAUUGAAAUGGGAUGAUAAUGACUUGGACAUCAUGGUUAAUUUUUUGUCGUGUUAACAUUCUCUUAGGCUAGACCUGUUGGCUUUAUUUAGAUAGAGGAAAACGUUAGCUUUAUGGUGCUGCAAUAUGGUUUUUGUAACUUUUAUGAAAAUUCAGCAUAAGUUACCCGCUUUUAUACAUAUCAGUUCUUGAUUGCCUGCC